AUGGCGGCGAUGGCGGCAGGAGGUGGCGCACCGGGAGGCAAGAGGGCGAAUGCCAGACUGCCACCAGAGGUGGGAAGGAUCGUCUUCGUCAAGAAUCUCCCCUUCAAGAUCACACCGGACGAAAUGUACGACAUCUUCGGCAAAUUCGGCGCCAUUCGACAGAUCAGACUGGGCACGAACAACAAGGAGACGAGAGGAACAGCGUUCGUUGUGUACGAGGACAUCUUCGACGCCAAAAAUGCCGUGGAUCAUCUUUCGGGAUUCAACAUCGGCGGUCGGUACCUCAUUGUGCUCUACCAUCAGCAAGCCAGAGCUACCAAGAAGAUGGACCAGAAAAAGAAGAAGGAGGAGAUCGACGAGCUCAAGAACAAAUAUGGUGUGGAGUAA